AUGAAGUGUAUUGACUGGGACGAGACAUGCAUGCAGAUGGAUGAAGUGCUGGCCUCAGUUGCUGAGACCGUAAAGAACUUUGCCAUUAUCUACCUCGUUGAUAUAACUGAGGUUCCUAACUUUAACACCUUGUAUGAAUUCAAGCGCAUCAUGAUUGAUCUUGGGACAGGAAACAACAAUAAGAUCAAUUGGGCCUUGAAGGACAAGCAUGAGUUUAUUGACAUUGUAGAGACUCGGUAUAGGGGUGCUCGGAAGGGCUGUGGUCUGAUGAUUGCUCCAAAGGACUACUCCACCAAGUACUGUUACUAG